CCAGGUUUUGGGACUUCUAUUAGCUCAGCCUUAGGCCGUAAUGAAGUGACUGACUCGGUUAUUUCUGCAAAGUAGCCUUUAAAUGGAAACGAUGAGCUCCAUUAAAGUCUAUUACACCAGCGUGUCAGGGUCUAGAGAGGUGAAGCAGAGACAGGAAGAAGUUACCAGAAUUUUAGAUACUUACAAAAUAAAAUAUGAAUUAAUAGAUAUUUCUGUGAGUUUGAAAAUACUUCAGGAAAUGAAGACUAAAGUUUCUACCCCUAGGGCUCUGCCACCUCAGAUAUUCAAUGGCCAAGAAUAUUGUGGGGAUUUUGAAAUGUUUCACAAGGCAAAGGAGAACAAAGAGAUUCUGAAAUUCCUGAAGAUGGAAUGAAUGUGCAGUGAUGAUACAAAAUAUGUUUACCAAAGUAGAUCUGCAUAUACUUCCAUAUACAUUGGUUACUUUUAAUUAAAAAAAAUAUGAGAGCUUCA